AUGCAACACGGUGUCAAGCGUAAGCACUGGUCCGACGCCGAACUCCGAGAGAAAGAAGCCCAGGAUGAGGCGAAGAUCGCCACCUACCGCCAGCUCACUAAGCUCGUGCUUGACCACCGCCAACAGUACGACGACACCAGUUUCACCAACACCACCACUCUCCUCACGCUCAAUCCCGAAUUCUACACCAUAUGGAACAUUCGACGAGAGAUUUUGGAGCACUGGGGGCUUGACACCGAUAAGGUGAAGCGCCACCUUGCCGAGGACCUUAAGAUGGUGAUGGCGAUGCUCAAACGGUUUCCUAAGUGCUACUGGGUGUGGAACCAUCGGCGGUGGUGUCUAUUAUCGCUUAAAGACGACGCCAACUGGGAGAAAGAGUUUGCGUUGGUCCUGAUGCUCUUGGACUUGGACAUCCGCAAUUUCCACGGGUGGCAAUAUCGUCGGUUUGUCGUGAGCCAGAUAGAGCUUGGCCAGCGGCCAGAACAACAGCUAGCCACGGAUCUCAAGGAGUUCGAAUAUACCACGUUGAAGAUCCUGGGCAAUAUCUCCAACUUCAGUGCUUGGCACAAUCGAUCACAAUUGAUCCCCAAAAUCAUCACCAGAGUACACGAGCUAAAUGUCACCGACCAGCCGAUGUUUUCUGAUCCAGAAAAGCUAAUGGCCAACGAGCUAGAGCUUGUCACCACGGGGAUGUACAUGGACUCUAGCGACACCUCGGUAUGGACGUAUCUCCAAUGGCUCGUCACUGAUCCGCUUUUGGUAACUGAAUUAAAGCAAAGAGGCGUAUAUGAAACCAUUCUUCGAGACCAACUAGCCAAAGUGAAAGAACUCGAUGACUUGGAAUUGGACGAGAAUGGCAAGCACGACGUGUGGUGUCUCAAGUCUAUGGUGCUCAUCACUGCCUUGCUUAAUCGCGAAGCGCAACGACCGAUCGUCGAUGAAAACAUUACUGAAUGGUUGAACCUUCUAGUUGAGCUUGAUCCCCAACGUCAUCAACGCUAUCGCGACCAACUUCUGGGCCGCAAUCCCGUCAUAUCUACUACACCAACGAGUGUUACCUCGUGA